AACUGAAUGAAGGAAGGUUCGUUUACGCAAGCCCUCGGCUCAUUAAUCCAAUUACAUAGUUAGCAGACGUUCCACCUUGGACUUCCCAGUGCGCGCUCCCAGAUGGUGGCAUGGUGCCUCAAUAUCCGUAUUUGUCCCUUUCCCAGUCGUCCCGAGAGUAUUCAAACUUUCUCCUUUCCCACUGCUCAUACAUCUCUGCUACCCUCUAAAUACACUGUACUGCAUUGGGUUUCAAUUCCAACGCUGUACCAGUGCUUAUUGCCAAUCAACAAGCCGAAGCGGAACAACGAUUAUUUCUUACGGCCCCGCUGGAUUCGUAUCCGUAUAACCACAACCGAAAAGACUCGCAUUCGUUCUCCAUUUCGAAACAGCUAUCAUGUCCCAGGAGGCUGAGAUCAAGGCUAAGGCCGAAGCCCCCAACGCAAGCUUCAAGGAGCAGCUAGACCGGAAGGCAGACGAGGCUCAAGAGCCUUCACAAAACAACGACAAUGCCGUCACCACCAACACCGUUAACCCCAUCAUCAAAAAAGUAACCGAAUACAUACCCGCCACCAAGUCCGUACUGGGUGAUCCUCAAGAUGAGAAAGAGAAGACAGGAGAGGAAGAAGCCCCGCCAUCUGAACCCCCCGAACGUCCUAUACACGAUGACAAGAUCGAAGCCUUGUCCGACGAGACCCAUCCGGAGAGACGUGGGGGUGAUAAUGCUGUCUGUUAUCAUGCGGGCACCGAAUACUGCGUCAGGCCAUCAGGGGUAGCAUGUAAUGCUUCUUAA